AUGCCCGUCACUCGUACACAACAUUCGACCGAACGCCACGACCCCUUGGCAUCUACAUCCACCAGCAAGAAGUAUAUGCAUAGGAGCAAUACCUAUGCACACCCUAUGAACGGGGCCAAUACAAACAGGACAAACAGGACAAACAGGACGACACAUACGUUAGGUGGCCCACAGCCACUCAACGCACGAGUGGUAGAUCCGCCAACUCAUCCAGAUGGCCAGCCGCGUACGCGGCUGCAUUUGCAUGCAUCUACUUCCGCAUCUACUGCCAUCCAACACUUGCAAGAACCUCCACUGUCCGUGCGCUCGGUAUAUAAUACUGAGCCCCGAGUGAGCGGCGCGCCUCAUAGCAACACAGGUCCCCCUGGAGGCAUGGGUAGCAUGGGAGUGACCACUGCUCGUCCCAAUAUCAUGCCCCGGGUCGUUAGACAGAACACGGCGAGCCAGCAGACACGAAGCGGACCAAACGCUCAAGGCCCUUCUGCGGCGGCAACAGUGACACGUUUGCCCCCGGGGAUGCGCGUAUACCGUGUAUAUAUGAUCAAGAGGGUCUGCACACGGCAAGAGUGGUUGGGUCGGCCUUGGAGGGACGACCAAAGUCUAGGUGCAGUGCAGCCGCCCAGCGUGUAG